AUGCGUCGAAGAGAAGGAGAUUUGGAAGAGACGCUGACAUUAAGCAUAAAUGUCUCUGAUUACGCAGAUUCAUCAGAAAUUUCAAAUCUUUCUCUCUCUUUCUAUCUCUCUUUCUACCUCUCUCUUUCUAUCUUACUUUCACAUUCUCUCUCUUUUUCUUUCUCUCUCUCUCUCUCUCUUUAUAUCUCUGUCUCUAUCUCUCUUAAUAUCCAUCUAUUUCUUUCUUUCUUUCUUUCUUUUUAUCUAUCUAUCUAUCUAUCUAUCUAUCUAUCUAUCUAUCUCAGACUGUUCAUUAUUUGUCUGUCUGUCGAUCUAUCUAUCUACCUCAUUUUGUUCAUCUAUCUAUCUAUCUAUCUAUCUAUCUAUCUCAGUAUGUCCAUUAUCUAUCUCAGUAUGUCCAUUAUCUAUCUCAUUUUGUUCAUCUAUCUCAGUCUAUUCGUAUCUAUCUAUCUAUCUAUCUCAUUAUCUCUGUCUUUUUUCUCUCUCUUUCUCUCUAUCUUUCUAUCUCUUUCUUUAUAUCUCACUUUCUUUCUUUCUCUUUCUUUAUCUCUUAAUAUCUCUCUCUAUCUUUCUCUCUCUUUCUCUCUCUCAUUAUCUAUCUAUCUAUCUAUCUAUCUAUCUAUCUAUCUAUCUAUCUAUCAUCACAGUCUGUUCGUAUCUAUCUAG